UGACGUCCUGUUUGUUUCUAAAGAGAAAUUAGAGUCUUUCUGUACCUGUGGGGUCAGGAAGGGCAGAUUUGAUUAGCUCGGUACAGUGGGCCUGCAUGGAAAGGAUCCGAGAUCUCCAGUUCACAUCCUGCAGGAAGGUCUCUGGGCUGGAAAUCCUCCUGUCUCCAGUGGAUAGGGCUCAGGGUAGCUGAGGUCGGAGGAUGAAGGAGGCCAGUGGUCAUGCUGGUAUUUUUUUUUUCCUCCUGUAUUUAAUCCAUGAUUUCCAAUGAACAAAGCCAGGAUUAGCUGCUUCUGUCAUGAAAUCGAAGCCAAGAAAGCCUGUGACUGGCUGCGAGCAGCGGGAUUUCCUCAGUAUGCCCAGCUUUAUGAAGACUCGUUGUUCCCACUUGACAUCAUCGCUGUGAAGAAAGACCACAGUUUCCUGGACCAGGACUCACUCAAAUCUCUGUGCAGGAGGCUGAUGACCCUGAACACAUGUGCCUCCAUGAAGCUGGAAGUCCACUUUCAGCGUAAACAGAAUGAAGACUCAGAGGAGGAAGAUCUGUGUGCCAUCAGUGACCGGUGGGCUUUUCAGAGGGAAAGUAAGAGGUGGUCCAGAGUGGGGUCUGUUGAUAUCCUUUCCCAAGGCUCAGAAGUCCUGAAUUCCACCAUGAGGCAGACAUCCAGUCACGAGAGUGUCCUCACAGACCUGAGCACCAACCUGGAGGCUGUGUCCCUCCACAGCAAUGCCAGCACAGGCAGCACAGUCGGCAUCGUGGUCACACCACCUGACCCAUCCCCUAUACGGGACACUGCCACCAUUGCCAAAUCCAGCCAAAGUUUAAGUGACCAUUCCUGGACAGACCAGCCCUCAAACCAGAGCGAGGGCUAUAAGGAGAAACCUAGGAAGCGAAGGUCUCGCAGCUUCUUAAAGAGGAUUGAGUCCCUCCGAAGGAAGGACAAAGAGAAAGCCAGCUCGGAAGAGAAGGAUGCCCCAGAGAACAGUGUCACGACCAAACCAGGAUGGGACUCUGUGAAGUGUAAUGGAGACCUUACAACCACCAAGGCCAACUGCCCUAAAAGAGGAAUAUCUGCUUCUUUCCAUGGCAAAAAACACUUCUUUUCAGUAUCAUAUAGGACUAACCGCUUGUUAGGCUCACGAGGGAGCAAGGAGAGCUCUGACCCAAAACGUAGUGGUGUUUACCUAGAGGACUUCGAAACAGCCAUGAAAAACAGCAACAACUGGGCUGUUGGAGAAUACCCGCACCGGCAGGUGUGCAAAGGGGAUUGCUUGGUCUACAUUCCCAGGGACCACAAGCCGGGCACUUUCCCCAAAUCCCUCUCCAUUGAGAGCUUGUGUCCUUUGGGUGGCAGCUCCUUGACCAACUGGAAAUCUGGGAACAAAUCCAUUGGGCUGGUGGGAGGUGGAGGGGGUGGCAGCAGCAGCAGCAUGGAGGACUCAUCCUCCCCGCGGGGCUUUGAGUACCGGCAGCGGAGGGGUUCAUGCAGCUCCUUGGGCAGCCGGGUGAGCGUGUAUGACAACGUGCCAGAGUUUGACAGCAGCGAGGAUUUUUCCAAGGUUGAUGGAGAAGUGACCUACGAGAACCUUGAUGACAUAUUGCAACAUAUGUGGGGCCUGCAGCAAAAAGUGGAGCUUUGGUAUAAAGCCGUUUCUCCAGACCUGGUUGGGGAGGAAGGGGGUGAGGAGGAUGAGGAGGAGGAAGAGACAGACUCAGGAGGGGAACCUACUUUCCCUUCAAACCUGCACUUUGAAGAGCAGUCCAUGUCUGAUGUUGGCACAUCUGCCAGUGAUUUUGACAGCACAGGCAACUCUUUGAAUGAGGCUGAGGAGAUCGAGAUGCGGGAACGCCGGGACUCCGGUGUGGGAGCGUCGCUCACCAGGCCGUGUAGGAAGCUCCGCUGGCACAGCUUCCAGAACUCCCACAGGCCCAGCCUGAACUCUGCCUCGCUGGAGAUCAACCGCCAGUCGUCGGCUCAGCUCAACCUACUACAGAAAUGCUCCCUGCUUCGCCUCACUGCCAUCAUGGAGAAGUACUCUGUGCCCCACAAGCAAGCCUGGACGUGGACGGUGCCCAAGUUUAUGAAGCGGAGUAAAGUCCCCGACUACAGGGACAAAAUGGUCUUUGGGGUGCCGCCAAUCAUCAAUGUGCAGAGGACAGGGCAGCCUCUGCCCCAGAGCAUCCAGCAAGCGAUGCGCUACAUCCGCAGCCAGUGCCUGGACCAGGUUGGCAUUUUCCGGAAGUCGGGGGUGAAGUCCCGAAUUCAGGCACUCAGGCACAUGAAUGAAACCAGUCCUGACAACGUCAACUAUGAUGGGCAGUCUGCCUAUGAUGUGGCUGACCUGCUGAAACAGUAUUUCCGUGACCUGCCAGAGCCCAUCUUCACCAGCAAGCUCACAGACACCUUCUUGCAAAUCUACCAGUUUGUGUCCAAGGAGCAGCGGCUGCAGGCUGUGCAGGCUGCCAUUAUCCUCAUGCCUGAUGAGAACCGGGAGGUGCUGCAGACACUACUGUACUUCCUCAGUGAUAUUGCUUCCGCAGAGGAGAACCAGAUGACUGCUGGAAACCUUGCAGUGUGUCUGGCCCCAUCCAUCUUCCACCUCAACGUAUCCAAGAAAGAAAGCACCUCGCCAAGGGUGAUACACAAGAGAGGCACUGUGGGGAAGCCUGACCAGAAAGACCUGAAUGAGAACAUGGCUGCUACACAGGGGCUCUCCCACAUGAUCACAGAUUGCAAGAAGCUCUUCCAGGUUUCCCAUGACAUCUUGCUCCAGCUGAGCAGCUCCUAUAUGGCAGCAGAUGCUUACCCACAUCCCCUGACUGAAGUCAUGCGUCAAGGGGAUGGCAAGGAUCUACACUCCUAUUUUGAGCAGUGUGUCCAGAAUCUGCUCAAAGAGUCAUCAGAGAAAUUCAAGGGCUGGCUGAGCACUCCAGGACCCCUGAACACAGAGCUCUCUUGCAAAAAGGUUGGGGAUGGGCACCCUUUGCGUUUAUGGAAGGUCUCCACGGAUGCUGAGGCCCCUCCCUCCGCAGUGCUGCACCGGGUGCUUCGGGAACGUCACCUCUGGGAUGAGGACCUACUGCAGAGCAAAGUGGUGGAAGCCCUGGAUAAGAACAUGGAAGUUUAUCACUACAUCACAGACAGCAUGGCACCCCACCCACGCAGGGACUGUGUCGUGCUCAGACGCUGGUGCACGGACCUGCCCCGAGGAGCUUGCCUGCUCAUCUCCAUGUCGGUGGAACAUGAUAAGCUGCAAGUGGAGGGAGGCGUCAAAGCCAUUGUGUUGACAUCUCAGUAUCUCAUUGAGCCAAGUGGUAUGGGACGCUCCAAAGUGACACACAUUUGCAGAGCUGAUCUCAGGGGAAGGUCUCCAGAGUGGUACAACAAGGUCUUUGGACAUCUUUGUGCCAUGGAGCUGGCAAGGAUCCGAGAUUCUUUCCCAGCGCUGAGUCCGAAUGGCCCCGAGACAAAGAUCUGAGGAGCCUGGAAGAUGGACUGUCCUGUUUGAUCAUGGACUUUCCAGUUGAUUUAGGCUGGACCAUUCAGAGGGAAGCGAGGAGUUGGCGACCUGUUGGUAUCCAGUUGUGGAGGGGGAGACAGAGGAUGGUGUGCUCUCUGGCACAUAUUUAUAAGCUUCCUUUUUACCUAGGCCUGCCCCCCCCCCCCCCGCUUCUGAAGGAGCCACUGGGUGUCUCUAGCUAUGCAGAGUCCCUUUCUUCUCCCACUCCAGGGCUCUAUACUGUAAUCCCUCGGAUUAGUCCCCUUCAAGGGGGCAGGAGAAGCCAUCCCCAGUCAUCAUUCCCAUUCCCAUAAUGCCUGUUGCUGCUUAAGCUGUCUCUUCCUCAAGCCCUCUGAAGAGCAGGUUCUCUGCAGAGGCAAAGCUGUACGCAGCUUGGUCUCCGCAGGAGGGACCUUGCAAGCAGCAGUUUGCUUGCCAAUGGGAAAGAGAGGGGGUUUGGGAGUGAAACCCCACAGGGACAGCAGUCUGCAGGCUGAGCUGUGAAGCAGCUAGAUCAAGUUUAGCUGCAUUCCUCACUCCUCCAGCUAUUACCAGGAGCUCACCCAGCUUGGAAGCAGCUGCAAAGAUGAAGGUGCUUGAAGUGAACCAGGAUGAAGCGGAGGUGAAGCGAGUGAGGGAAGCACAGUGCCAUGUCUGUAUGUUGCAGCACUGUGUCAGGAAGUGAAGGGUGGGCAGAGAGGGGGUGCAGUGUGUGCAUGUGCAUUGUGUGCAUGCUGGGAGUGUCACCCUGGUGGUGGGACGUGCAGGAAAUCACUUAGACUGAGAACUUACUUGCUAUAGGAUGCUGUUAUUGGAGGAGAGGGGCUAUAUGCAAAUAUCUAUAUAUCCAUUUAGUGACAGCCAUUGUUGAGUGGCAGAAGGAACCUACUGCUGUUUGGUGCUGAAUUUCAUAGGAGAAGAAGCAGCUCUCCGAUCCAGUGCCUUGUUCUUAUUCAACUAAAGGCCUCCCUUGUGCCCUAGGUUUUAGUGGUGGGCUGAAUGGAUGAUGUUCUAAGACAUGGCUACAUGGGGGCCAAGUCCCAUUCCUUGAAACCAGCCUAUCAGUCUUUUGAAGAGGUGGCCAGGACUAGGCUAGAAAUCUAGAACAAUUGCUCUUAAAGCUGCCUGUAAGCUGACAAAGAGGGUAGUGACCUACCUAAAGCAACGAGGAGGAGCACAUUGCAGGGGAGAGUACUGAGACCAAUUGCUGCAGCAGCUCAGUUGUGGGUGUGAGUUGCACCACAGGGAAGUGCCCUGCUGUGUUGCAGGAGGACUCAAGCUUGGCCAAGACAGUGAGCACACAGAAGAUUUGUUCUUGUCCCACCUAACUUUGAUUAAGCCAGCAAAGCAUGAUAACCGAAGCUGGGCUGAGUACCUGCCAGAGGGUGGUGACAAGUUUAAUCCAGUUCAUGCUCACUGCAGUGAGAUGAUCUGUCAUGGAUGUGAAAUUUGCCCUAGAUUCUCCCCUCUUUGGGCAAUGCUAGAGAGCAGAGCUCCUACCCCUCCUGCUGCAAACCUGUCUCCCUAACUUUAUCCCAUAGCCCCACAGCUCUCUGCAGAGAGUUCAGUUCCCUCCCUUCCCAUCCCUUCUUUUCCUCCAAGCUAAGAACCGGUCUGACUUAACUAAUAGCAUCCGGGAACUGACCUGGUUUCUCCUUCUAGGCAGGGACCCAACUUACUAGACAUUGUUCCAAGUGGAAGGCAACAUGACCCAUGCGCAGGAGCAAUUCACAAUGGCAGUUUUGCUGUAACAAAUCAUCUCUCUUUUUACGGUAAAAAAAACAACAGCCUCUCUUGUUUUUUUUAUAUAUAUAUAUUUUAUAUAUAUAUAAAAAUAUAACUAAUUUGUAGGGGAGUGAUUUUUUCUCCUAAUAUUUUUUAAAUAAUUCUUUUUUUUCUAUCUAUAAAUACUUGUACAGUUGGAAUAUUAAUAUAUAACUCAGGCUGCAGAACUCAGCGCCAGAUGAUGUUCACUUAAAAAAACAUGUAUUUUGUAUUUAAGGGUCUUCUUUCUUGUUUUGUAUCAUAUGCAAUUGCAACAGAUUGACUUGGAAUGGGGCUGCUCUUCCCAUCCAUGUAAUUAAUAAAGUACUAACGAUA